AUGAUCAUUCGGCACGCCUUACCGCGACUUUACGCGCCCUUCAGACCUUAUGCCAGCCUCUCCUCCUCCCGCCGUGCCUUCUCCACCACCGAGCUCAGCAAUGGAAUAACUCUGGCAUACGACCUCCACGAGCCGAGCAAAGACGCACAGAAGCAAGACAACGAAGAUGCUCCGCCCAUUCUCUUCAUCCACGGUCUGUUCGGAUCGAAGAAGAAUAACAGGAGCAUGAGUAAAGUCUUUGCUCGUGAGCUGAAGAGACCCGUCUAUGCCCUCGACAUGCGCAACCAUGGCGACUCCUCCCACAACCCUACGCACAACUACUCCGCUCUAGCCGAGGACGUGGAACUCUUCAUCCAACAUCACAACCUCUCCAAACCAACCCUCAUCGGACACUCCAUGGGAGCCAAAACGGUCAUGACAGUCGCCCUACGCGAAAAAGUCCCGAUUGCAAACCUCAUCCCCGUCGACAACGCCCCCGUAGACGCAGCGCUCCACGGCGACUUCAACAAGUACGUGCAAGGCAUGCGAGAGAUUGAAGAGGCAAAAUGCAAGAGACAGACGGACGCCGACGCCAUUCUCAAGAAAUACGAAGACAGUCUCGCCAUCCGCCAGUUCCUGCUGGGCUGCUUCGUGCGGUCCGAAGAGGGCACGUACACGGCCAAAGUGCCGUUGAAAAUCCUCACGGCUGCGCUGGCUCACAUGGCCGAUUUCCCGUUCAAGGACCCGGAUCAGACGAGGUUUGAGGGCCCGAUGUUGAUGGUGCGCGGGACGAAGAGCCAUUAUGUUGCGGAUGAGAUGUUGCCGACUGUUGGUCGCUUCUUCCCCAAGUUUGAGCUGGCGGACAUCGAUGCAGGGCAUUGGGUUAUCAGUGAACAGCCGGAGGAGUUUAGAAAAGCCGUGGUGGAGUUCUUGCAAGACAAGGACUGA